CUUGUUUGGUCGCAGGAUCACCGGCUAGCAGUGUGUACCGCCAGCUCCUUGGCAGUCAUGGAGCUCGUUUGCGACAUUCAUAGCAGAAAACAUGACCUGAUAUUCAACAGGACUUCAAUUCCCGUACCCCCCAAAACUUCCGAAAUGCGGAUGAGCAAGUUUUAUUACACAAGAGUAACUAUUAUGCGGCACACAAAAGGAAUGAAGGAAGAAACUGCCAUCAAAAGUGAAGUCAGCCCAGAAUAUAAAUGCUUUUUCAUCCUGGUUAAAAACGUUGCUUUUCCCCAUACUUUCGAUUAAAGUCCUUUUUUAAAAAUAUUUUUUUUCUUGAAGUUAUUUCAGAAAGCUAGUACCAGUACUUGUAUUUCUUUACUUUUCUGUUAACGUGUUUAAAUGGUGUCGAUAUACAUUCCGGUUAUUUUUGGAAGGUACUUUUAUUGUCUCUGUUUGUACCUGCUUGUAAGUGUCUUUGCUUGUGUGAAGAUUUGAGUUUCAAGUGUGCUAUAGAAAUAAAACUACCUUGCCUUGCUUUUUCUACAUGCUGGCGUUUGUUUUGUUUUUCGUUUUUGGGGGCACUCAGAGUGUGGUCGGGUGCCACCAGUUGCUCAUCCCUGAGUUACGUAUUCUGUGGAGGUUUAAAAAGAAUAGCAGACCUCUUUUGACGGAGUAAGGAGAAUAGUGUUCAAAUGUAGUAACUAAAACUUAUGGUCUUUUCAAACUACAUGACAUUUUGUCUUUCAUAUGCAUAUCAUGUCACACGACGAAGUCCGUCACUGACCAGAUGCUGCCCGAUUGUCGCGUACUAAUGACAAGAUUCAGUGCACUGGCGCGGGGCUGGCGGCUGUCAAAGUCUUGUAUACAGAGGCAUUACAUGCAUGUUGGAGCCCCAACAGAGCAGAGGAAGGCCAUGAAGCACUUUAGCGCACACUCCGACCUGCCCACCAAGCAAGAGUUUCAACUGGAUCGAGUGAUUAAUCCCCUGGGAGGAGUCCACAAAGGAAUGAAAUACGCCAGUUGGUCGCCUCUUGGUUGCGAUUCCAGCGGGCGCUGCUUGCUAGCCUGCCUAACUCUUGACCACAGACUCACCGUCCAUCACAGCCACCAGCGUCUCGGCUGGACCACGCUGGUCGAUCUCGGCGCUAAAUAUGGCGAGAUGCUACAAGAACGAGGCUACGCCCAAAUGGAUGCCAAGCCGCCUGAGAAAAACCUGUUGGACUUGGAGGAGCUGCAGCGGCGCUACCAAAUGCAGACCCCUGUGAGGAUGGAGUGGUCCGGCGUUUACACGCUCAAACAGGUGCAGCCCGACAACUCGUGCGUUCAUGCGAAGAUGGUCCUCCUCGCCGUCCUGAUGGAAAACGGCGACCUAGUUUUGUGGAAGUUUCCGCUGCCCUUUGAGAGCGGCGCCGAUGUUGUUUUUUACGACGCCAUCGCGUCAGGUGUGAGCUCUCCCAGCGAUUUGGCCUGGUGGGAAUAUGAACACGCCGAGCGGCGAAUGAGCGGCUUGAUCGUCGGCAGCGAGUUGGGCCCCGUGACGAUCAUGCCGGUCAGCUUGGCGGGGGUCAAAGGUUACUUCACCCUGCGACACCCCGUCGUCCUCUGGAAGGAUUGCGACCGGAUGGCGGCGGAGAACAUCAAAUGCGUCCCGUUGGUCCACCCGCUUCACAAAACGAGAUGCAGCCUCAUCGCGGCGUCUCGCGGUUGCUACGUCCUCUGGUGUUUGCUCACGAUUUCGCCAGCCGGACUCAACGUGAACAUCUCUCACGUGGCGGGCCUCUACUCCCUCCCCGUGGUGUCGCUCGCCGUCAGCCGGCACGGCGUCGUGUACGCGUGCUCCUCCGACGGCUGGAUCAAGAAGCUGACGCCCAAAUUCACAGAAAGGACUUUGACUUUCCAACAAGAGGAGAUGUUGUGCCCCGAAGGUUUGACGAACCGACGUCUGUAUGGGAUUGCGGUGAGCCCCAACGAAGCGUAUCUCGCGCUGGUCAGCACGCAACGUUUGGUCGACUCAUUUCACCCAAUUCUCAGCAACUACCACGUGCACUUUCUCGCAUUGAAAUUGCCAGAAACGGCAGCCGGGCUUCUGCUCAAAUCCCCCACCGAGAACCUGUACAAGGAGGCCGACCUGCUGGACCUUGUGAGGUGGAACGUCUUAAAGAACAAAAGUAUUCCUCAAGCCUUGCAGCAGGAGCUUGAGCAGAAGAUCCGAGAAGUAGACUCCCCUUACCUCUGGCGCUUGAAGCUGUUUUUGCUUCGUUUUCUGCACCAGUCCCUUCAGACGCCGCAGACAGUCCGCCACUGGAAACCCUCUCGAGAGCUCUGCGGUGCACUCAUGCAGGACCAGGACGGUGAAGAGGACAACGAUUUGGCCGGCGAGUGCCACGUUAUCGGCGAAGCCAAUCCGGACCAGCAGGUCGAGCAGGUGCGGGCGGGGAUGCGUUUGGUGGAGAGCCACCUUGUGAGAGAGAACAUGAAGAAGUUGCUUGGGGAGGUCUACCUCAACACGCACAUAACGCAGAAGACGUGCAUUCCCACCAGCGGCCUGGCUGAGCACCUCUUGAAGGUCUCCGAUGACAAAAAUGCAGAGGUCCUGAUUGGUCACAUCAAGAAAAAGAUGAACAAGCAAACGUUCCCGGAGUGCUGCAGCUUGUGUCAAGAGGUGCUGUCCUUCACCGACCACAAGCAAGCGGUGUGCCAAAACGGUCACAUGUGGCUCAGGUGUGUGCUUUCCUAUCAGGCGUGCCAGUCUCUGACUUUCAGACGCUGCCUCUUGCAGGAUAGCAUCUCCGGAAUGCCACAGCACGAAGACCCACAGUGGAUAAAGAAGAUACUGCAGACGUCGUGCCCGCUCUGCGACUCGCCAAUGAUCUAGAGAUGAGCGACCGCGGCGCUAUCGGCGCCUUCCCGCAAAAAAAAACGCCUCCGGUUUACAAUCACUUCAACGCGACUCUUAAUUAUAUCAUGUUGAUAUUUAUGUCUUCAAAUUGGAAAUAAAAGUCUUUGAAGAUA